GCGACCUCCGUGCGUGAUGGUCGAAUAAUUUGUUAAAAUUAUUUCUCAUAAAUAACUGUAAAGUGACGGAAGCAUGGCAGACACGUGAAAAAAACUAUAGUUUGUGUUGUGUUAUUCAUGUGUAUGCGUACCGCUUCUACGCUAAAUUUUUGCAAUCUAUUCAAAAUCGACGAAUUAUAUAUCAAAAUGCGAUUCGAUGAUCAGCUCUUUGAAGUUCUAGAUGCUGAUCUGAGCAUGGGUGCAGGCGCAGCUGGAGGCUCAGUUCUUACUUUGUCAGGAUCGGGAGUAGGUGGCGUACUUUCACAACAUUGUGCUAUCUGUGGUGAUCGCGCAACUGGUAAACAUUAUGGUGCUGCUUCUUGCGACGGUUGUAAGGGUUUUUUUCGACGAUCAGUUAGAAAGAAACACGAAUACACUUGCAGAUUUAGUAGAAAUUGUAUAAUAGACAAAGACAAGAGGAAUCAAUGUAGAUAUUGCAGAUUAAGAAAAUGUUUCAAGGCUGGCAUGAAAAUGGAAGGCAGUGAGAUCGACUUGAGCACGAAACAAAUUGCCAAUAUAAAUGACGUUUGCGACAGUAUGAAGGAACAGCUUCUUGUUUUGGUUCAAUGGGCCAAAUACAUACCAGCUUUUAGUGAGUUAACUCUUGACGAUCAAGUGGCCCUUCUAAGGGCACAUGCAGGUGAACAUCUACUCUUAGGUGUUGCUAGGCGCAGCAUGCAACUUCAGGAUGUUCUUCUUCUUGGAAAUAAUUGUAUCAUCACCAAGAACUGCCCUGAGGGCCGUAAUCAGGAUUUGGACAUCAGCAAGGUUGGAAUUAGAGUAAUGGAUGAACUAGUAAAGCCCCUAAAUGAAGUGCAGAUCGAUGAUACGGAAUUUGCUUGCUUAAAGGCCAUUGUUUUUUUCGAUCCGAAUGCAAAAGGCUUAAGUGAACCACAACGAAUCAAGCAGUUGCGUUAUCAAAUUCAGAUCAACUUGGAGGAUUAUAUAAGUGAUCGACAAUAUGACAGUCGUGGCCGGUUUGGUGAGAUCCUUCUAACCUUACCAGCUCUGCAAUCCAUCUCUUGGCAAAUGAUUGAACAAAUUCAAUUUGUCAGACUAUUUGGAGUUGCACAUAUUGAUAAUUUGCUGCAAGAAAUGCUUUUAGGUGGUGCAACAGCAGAAAUAAAUGGUGUUGCAACUCCAAUUCCAAUUUCAAAUGCUUCUGGUAGUUAUGUAAGCAGCAAUGAAAGUCCAAGUAGUCCUUUGACUCCAACCAAUGUACCUCCAUUAAGUCCUCAAGAUCAUAUGUUGGCUAGUGGAAGUCCUGUUAUAAUUUUGAGGGAUCUUACACCUAUUCAGAAUCAAGAAGAUGUAACUAGUGUAACUGGAUUUAGAAUGUUCAAACAAGAGCCUAGUCUUGAAAGUGAAUCAACAUUUUAAAAUAUUAUAAUUUAAAUAUUAUAAUUAUAAUAUUAUAAUUAAAUAUUAUAAUUAUACAUUUUAAAAGUUUUUGAGAUAUUAAACAUAAUUAAAAGAAUUUGAAGCAUUUAUAGAGUGAACUCCAAUCUUUACAAAUCUAAAAUAUUUAUGCACAAAUGAUUUUAAAAUGCUGUAAAAAUCUCAAAGAACUUUUAAAAAAAUUUG